AUGUCUCUCCCUCCCAAUGUCCAUGUCUCCUCUCAUCCCUGUCUCCAAGCAAAGCUCUCCCAGUUGCGCUCCAAAUCCACUUCCACUCGGGACACCCGCGGUCUCGUCCAUGAGAUCGCGACCAUCAUGGCCGUUGAGGCCCUGGCUGUUGGCCUGAAGACCACCCCUUGUGGGACUGAUCAAACUCCGUUGGGAUUCGAAUAUGAGACCCAAGAUAUCGACCCCACCAACGUGGCCCUGGUGCCUAUCCUUCGUUCGGGAUUGGGCAUGAUUGAGUCCGUUAAUAGCCUCCUCCCAUAUCCCGUCCCCAUCUACCAUCUUGGUCUCUUCCGCGAGAAACUCUCCCUCCAACCGGUCGAAUACUACAACAACCUGCCCUUUCACCGACCGACGCAAGACACCAACUCGGCAGCGGCCGAGGUCGCCAUCUUGCUCGAUCCCGUCAUCGCCACCGGCGCUACCGCCGAAGCGGCCAUUCAUCUGCUGCGCGAGUGGGGCGUCAAGCGCGUGCUGAUGCUGGGUGUCCUGGCGUCCGAGCCCGGGGUGCGUCGCGCCGUCGCUGCCUGGCCGGAGGGCGUGGAGCUGUGGGUGGGCGCUGUCGAUAAGCAAUGCGAUGACCGUGGAAUGAUCAUACCGGGAUUGGGUGAUAUUGGUGAUCGGUUGUUUGUAGCGAUGGGGAAAUGA